AUAAAAUUGAUUUGAUUUAUUUGGCAGUCUUAUGUUUUGAAAACUUCUGUAGUUUUUAAAGGUUCAAAGUAAUGAAAUCAGCUGAAUAAUUAAAAUUAUUAAUUUUCCUCCAGUCUGUCAGUGACGGUAAAAAAAAUUGGUAUUGGUAUGAAUGUAUAAUCUGAUAUCAUGUUGUUCAUACUCUGAUGUGAUUCUGUACAUGAAGAUUCUUAACUCCUGAGAGUAGGCUGGAAGAUGCUGAUUUGUUUUAUUUCUGACUUAAAAGUGAAUUAAUUUCAGUUAUGGCAUGAUGAGCAUGAUUUAUAAGUAUAUAUGUGUAUAUGGCAUCUGCCACUAUGUGUGUGUUGAUGUGCAUGUAUGUUCCGACAGGUGCCAGCUGGAUGGGAUAAAUGCGGAGAAAUAAUGUUGUGUGUAUAACAUGAUUAAUAAAGUUUCAACUUAACUUAUUUAACAUAUUAACAUCAACAAAACAAAUUAAAAAAAUUAACAUAUCUGGAUGUUUGAGCCUGAUCUUUCACACAGAACACUGUAUUUUGUAUUUCAGUAUGUUAUAUAAUCCAAUGUUUUCUGUCUUUUAGAGAUCAGGGGAGGCUGUUGACAACCGAAUGGGCCACUAGCAAAAGGAAACUCAUUAAAGUAGCCUGAACAUACUGGUUGGUGCACAGUGACUGGUCUGAAGAUGGCCGCCCAUCGAAUCAGAGCCACCACCACCAACCCUUCUCUCCCACGCUGCAAGUCUGAAGGGACACUCAUCGACCUCAAUGAAGGAGUGUCAGAAGCCAGUCUGAGUGAUGUCAGAGUGCCUUCUCCCAGUGCCUUACGACUGGACACGGCUUCCUCCUUUGGUGCUGCAAGGGAAGUUGUUGCCAUUAAGGACUACUGCCCAUCCAGCUUCACCACCCUGAAGUUCUCUAAAGGGGACCGCCUCUAUGUUUUGGACUCGUCAGGGGGAGAGUGGUGGUACGCCCAUAACAACACAGAGAUGGGUUACAUCCCUGCAGCUUAUGUGCAACCCAUCAACUACAGAGACUCGUGCUUCAGCGACAGUGGGAUGAUUGACACUGUGGGAGACUGUAACGAGGAAGCAGCCAAAGAAAUGAACCUUCUAGGAGAAUGGGCAGGAGUGAUUUUGAAACCAUCCACCUUCCAAAACAGAAAUCCUUUUGCAACAACCCAUACCUCUACAAACCCUUUCCUAAAUGGGGGUCCUCAGAGCUCACAUGAUCAGAAUAUUAAUGAGAAAUCAGGUGACCUUCUUCUGUUUGAUACACCCACUUCAUCAGUGCCCAACUCUACUAGCAGCCCUGCUGACAUCAAUGGUUUUGGCAGUGGCAUUUUUAACUUCAACCCUCUAAGUCCCACUGUGGAACAAACAUUACGUAGGGACAACCCAUUUUUUAGAAGCAAACGUUCCUACAGUCUGUCUGAGCUCUCCAUCCUGCAGGCUCAGUCCGAUUCCCCACUGAUCUCCACCAGUUUCUUUGGAGGCCUCAAAGCACCGGCACCAGAGCAAUUCCAAAGCAGGGAAGAUUUCCGGACUGCAUGGCUCACCCACCGUAAGCUAGCCAGGUCCUGCCAUGACUUGGACUCACUGGGUCAGAGCCCUGGCUGGGGCCAAACACAGCCAGUUGAGACAAAUAUUGUCUGUCGACUUGACAGCUCAGGAGGUGCUGUCCAGCUACCAGACACCAGCAUCAGCAUUCAUAUACCCGAGGGCCACGUGGUGCCAGGGGACACCCAGCAGAUUUCAAUCAAAGCUCUGCUCGACCCACCACUAGAACUGAACAACGACCACUGCACCACCGUCAGCCCUGUGGUGGAGAUAAAACUCAGCAACAUGGAGACCAAAACCACAGUUACACUAGAGAUGAAAGUGUCUGUUGUGGUAAACAUGGAGAGCAGGCAAACAACAGAGAUCUUGUGUGUCAGAAGUGAUUGUAAAGAGGGACCUUACACUCCCAUUCCUAUGGCGUACAUGUAUGGGGACACAGUCCAGGUGUGCCUGGAUAACCUGGAACCAUGUAUGUAUGUGUGUGUUGUGGCUCAGUCCCAGUCCAUAUCUUCAGAUUCCACAGUUUGGGAGAAUGUGGUUAAAAAGAUAACCUUAGGAGUAUAUGGUCCCAAACAUAUUCACCCGUCCUUCAAGACAGUCGUGGCUAUGUUUGGCCAUGAUUGUGCCCCAAAGACGUUAUUAGUGAGUGAGGUAGGCAAACAGUUGCAGUCUGCACCGUCAGCAGUGCUGCAGCUCUGGGGCAAACACCAAUUUGUCCUGUUCAAACCCCAGGACCUCAGAGUUGGAGUUUACUCCAACAUGGCCAACUACGAGGUAAAGGCUAGUGACCAGGCGAGAGUGAUCCGAAGCUUCCAGGUAAAACUUGGCAAAGUCUGCAGGCUUGUCUAUGUCAUUGCCUCACGCAACACUGAAGAUGUUUCUGAUUUCACCUUAAGAAUCCAAGUCAAGGAUGACCAAGAUUGUAUACUAGCUCAGUUCUGUGUCCAGACACCAACACCACCACCUAAAACAGGCCAAAAGACAUCAGUGCAACGGCGCUUCCUGAAGAAGAAGGAAUUGGGCAAGAUAGUCUUAUCGCCUCUUGCGAUUGCCACCAAGUACCCUGUUUUUCAGGACAGGAGAAUAAAUAACCUGAAAUUUGGAAAAUUAACAAAAACUGUCAUCCGACAAACAAAAAAUCAGUACUUGCUUGAGUACUUAAAAGGAGACUUUGUAGCUCUGUUGAGUGAGGAGAAGAUCAAGCUGAAGGGCCAGUUGUGGACAAAAGAAUGGCACAUUGGGUAUUAUCAGGGAAAAAUGGGAUUUGUUCAUGCCAAGAAUGUGCUAGUGGUUGGCAAAGUUAAGCCCAUUUACUUCAGUGGGCCUGACCUCACGACUUCAUUGUUACUGGAGCAGAUACUGAAGCCCUGCAAAUUCCUCACGUACAUCUAUGCCUCCGUAAGAACUAUACUGAUGGAAAAUAUCGGCAAUUGGCGAGCAUUCGCGGAUGCCCUAGGAUACGCCAACCUUCCUCUGACCCAUUUCUGUCGUGCAGAGCUUGAUAGCGAACCUGAGAGGGUUGCAUCAGUGCUCGAGAAGCUGAAGGAGGACUGCAACAACGCUGAGAGUAAAGAGCGGAAGUCCUUCCAGAAAGAACUCUUGACAGCUCUGUUGAAGAUGGACUGUCAGGGUCUCGUGGCCAGGCUUGUCAUGGACUUUGUGCUUUUGACCACAGCUGUGGAGUUGGCCGGGCGCUGGAGGGAGCUGGCUGAGAGGCUCGCCAAGGUUUCACGCCAACAGAUGGAUGCUUACGAGGCUCCCCAUCGCGACAAGAAUGGGGUGGUGGACAGUGAGGCGAUGUGGAAGCCAGCCUAUGACUUUCUGGUCACGUGGGCCGCACAGAUCGGUGACAGCUACAGGGACGUGAUCCAGGAGUUGCACAUGGGCUUAGACAAGAUGAAGAGCCCCAUCACCAAACGCUGGAAGCACCUGACCGGCACGCUCAUCCUCGUCAACUGCCUAGACACCCUGCGGAGCUCCGCCUUCAGACCUGCCGCUCAGGACGACUACUCCAUCUAAACUCCCUGCUUCAUGACUCCAUGUCAACCAUGCUGGUGUUUCUCUACACCAGUUCAUUUGAACUCUCAUUCCAAACACUACUACUGUCAUAAGUUGAUGUUUUGUUUAGCGCCACAUUCAGCUCGUUCCUAGGGAAACACCUCCAAACUGGCCCCACAUCAAAUGCCAUGCUGUAUGGAGCUCACAAUGAUAUAUGAAGACUCUUUUAAUAGUCUUGUAUAGUUAUAUAUUUUUAUACUAUUAUUACAGCACAGCAUUUUUCAAGCAACACUUUGUGAAGCCUUUGGUUAAGAACUGUGGAUUGAAGGCUAAAGAGGAUAGUUUUGUGUCUUCUAUUUAUUCCUACAUGAAAGAGAAACGUUCUAUUUUCUCCUUUUUUUUCAGGUCCUUCUCUUGAUGGACCUCUGUUCAGAGAUCAAGAUAUUCUGCUGAAUUUUUUAAAAACUGAACAAAACAGAAUAGUUUGUGAUUCUUGUCACAAAGUUUUAAUAAGCUCUCCACUAGUGCCAAAAUAUUUAGCCAGUAUUGAAAAGUAAUUUUACAGAAAAUGAAUGACAACCAGUAAAUAUUCUAAAUAAAAUAACUGUUUGCAGCAAGAAUUUCAAACGCUGUCUGAUCUUCUAUUAACAGCUAUCGACAAAGCAAUCUCAACUCACAGUCUAUACCCUCAUUUGAUCUGGUGCUUUUGACCAGAUUACCUGGUUUUUAUCAGCUGUCAUGGAGCAACUGAAGAUGCUUAAUCUUUACAUGACCCUGAACCUCUUCAUAUGUCUGCUGAUAAGGACCAAAUGAUUUAACUGAAAGCUGCAGACAGUAAGCAGACUUUGAGCAUAGAUUGUUCUCGUUCUUGUCUUUUUGAUGAAUUGUUCUAAAUUUCAGUUUUCAGACAACAAACUAAAUCUUAACCACUAAUUUCUCAACUCUUUGCUGUCUGCUGCCCGUAUUCUUUGAUCCAGUAGAAAUCAUUUUUAUCAAAGCUUGCCAAAAAUGAAUACAGCUCUACACAGAUGACCUUGUACAAUGUUGAGACCACUGUUGUAAAGACACUGUCUGUAAAAAGUUUAGUAUCAGUGCUGCGUACUGUACUAUGUGCUAUUCACACAUCCAUCCACAUCCAUUGGGUUUAAAAACCUUUUUGUCACUGUAUACUUGUGUGGAAAAGAAAUAAAAUGAAAAUAAUUG